ACCCGGCCCGACUGGCAGCACUGGUUGGCAGACGCUCUCUGAAUCUCCUUCCUUUCCGGUGCACUCUACGAGGGUGACUGUAUCUUGUUUAGUUUAGCUGCUUUUAAAAAUCUUUCUCCAUCCUUCAAAAUGAAGAUUUAUAAGGAUAUAUUCACCGGUGACGAAAUGUUUUCUGAUACCUACAAAGUUAAACUCGUGGAUGACGUUAUUUAUGAAGUGUAUGGCAGAUUAGUGUCCCGUAAAUUGGGUGAUGUUGAAAUAGCUGGAUUCAAUCCAUCGGCAGAGGAGGCUGAUGAAGGCACAAACGAAGUAGUAGAGAGCGGCGUCGAUGUAGUAUUGAAUCAUCGACUACAAGAGACGUUUGCUUUUGGAGACAAAAAAUCCUAUACAUUAUAUCUGAAGGAUUAUAUGAAAAAGUUAGUAGCCAGGUUGGAAGAAAAGUCGCCAGAUCAAGUUGAAAUAUUCAAAACAAACAUGAACAAAGUUAUGAAAGAUAUCUUGAGCCGUUUUAAGGAAUUACAAUUUUUUACCGGAGUCUCCAUGGAUAUCGACGGAAUUGUAGGUCUCAUGGAGUACCGUGAGAUCGACGGCAAUUCCGUGCCUGUACUAAUGUUCUUCAAGCAUGGUCUUGAAGAAGAGAAGUUCUAAAUAAUUUUUAGAUAAUCGAAAAAUUAUGGAUGAAUUUUAUAAAACUGGAUUCAAGACUGCACACAUGCUGCAAAGCUGUGAAAUUUAGUUCAAAAUACGAAGCAAACAGUUCUACUUCCGCCUUCAGUUUAUGACAGAUUAAAUAAAUUCUCCGAUAACAACAGCUCAAUGAACAAUUGUUAUAUUCUAUUGUUGAUUACUGAAUAUUAACACAAUAAUUGUAAACGUUACAUCAUGUGUAGGUAUGUCAAGUGCAAUAUGCAAGUUCUUCCAUUUUUUCGAUAUAAAUAAUGUUUAAUAUAACAAAAAAAAAACCAUUAUUUUAAUUUGUGUCUUAUUAUAUUAAACAAUAUUUAUAUCGAAAAAAUGAAAGAUGGGGAAAGCACUUGAUGGACCUACAUCUGUGAUGUAACAUUUACAUUACGUUUUAUUGUAUUAAUAUGAGCAAUGUCAGUAAUCAACAGUUUCUGAAACAUAUUCAAUAUAUGUUCGUCAUAAAUAAAAAUUUUUCCAUAAUU